ACGCCGGCGGCCGCCGCCGCUCGCCGGCUGCAGCCGAGUCGUCGCAGCCGGCUAGCCGGCGAAACGCCGAAAUUUUGCCGCCGUUUCCGCCGGCGUUUGUUUUUCCCAGCCCUGGCUAUUUCAGAACUCUUCGACGCCAUAAAAAUCCGUGCUCACGUCGCAGUCCUUGCUUGUAGUCGUUUGGAUCAUGUCUCUUCAGCAAUUGGUCAACCGAUUGCGCCAAGUUACGUGCCUGGUACACAAUCCACAUAUGGAGAAAAGAUGACCAUUGGACAGAAGUUUAUGAAUAUUCUACACUUUGUGAUGGGUGAUUUCUUGUUUGGUUAUAUCGGAGAUGAAGACUACAAAGUGGCAAAGGAGCUGAUUCCUGGUGUCAGGUCGUGGAGGGAAGUGCUCCCAGAAGCCUCGUACAUCUUCACCAACCACAUCCCCCUUAUGGAUUUCCCAGCACCCACAUUCGAUAAAAUCAUUCCGAUCGGAGGAAUUUCUGUGAAAACUCAACGCAAAAGCCUUCAACUCCCAGAGAAAUGGGACAAAGUUUUGGGACUUCGAAAGAAAAAUGUGCUCAUUUCAUUUGGUUCGAACGCUAGAUCAAUUGAUAUGCCGGAGGAGUUUAAGAAGAGCAUUCUCAAAGUGGCCGAGUUGCUUCCAGAAGUGACGUUUAUUUGGAAGUAUGAGAAUGAGAAGGACACGUUGGCAGAUCAUUUGGAGAAUGUGUACUUGGGAGAUUGGUUGCCACAGAAUGAGUUAUUGGGUGAUCCCCGUCUGUCUCUAUUCGUCACUCAUGGAGGACUUGCCAGCGUUACCGAGUUGGCACUAAUGGGAAAACCAGCGGUUAUGGUCCCUCUCUUCGCCGAUCAAGCUAGAAACGGAAUGAUGUUGAAGCGUCAUGGUGGUGCUACCGUACUCCAUAAGACUGAUCUAGCAGACUACAGAAUAAUCAAGAAGGCUAUUGAAGAAAUCUUAUUCAAUGACGAGUACCGAAAGAAUGCAGAACGUCUGGCAAAAAUGUUGAAUAACCAACCAACGGAUCCCAAAGAGACACUUGUGAAGCAUGUGGAGUUUGCGGCGAGGUACGCAAGCUUAAUUAUCUCAAAUUUUGUAAAUGCCACCAAAAUCUUUUCAACUGAUAAACUAUUGCUGAUUAUGACAAGCAUUUUAUCAGUUGACAGGUUCGGCCAACUACCCUCAAUGGAUCCAUAUGGUCGUCAGCAGUCUUACUUCGAGUACUACCUUCUUGAUAUCAUUUCAAUUGGUCUUCUAAUCAUUUUUGUCACUUCUUAUGUCACUUUCAAAAUUCUCAGCUGUGUUUUCAGUCUCUGUUGUAGAAAUAGUAGUAAGAAGGCAAAACAUGACUGA